AUGAACGUGCGCGUGUCCCUCGACUUUGUCGAGAGGUUUUACAAGCAGGACGGGCAGGGAGCUGGAGGACGUAAGUCUAUGGUUGGUCUCAGCACCAUGAUAGCCUAUAUGCGGCAAAUGGCGGCCGAUCGCCCGUCGUAUGGCAUAACCAAAUUGGCAGGUACGGACUAUCUUCAACAGCUUGCGUUGGAAGUCAAGCCGGAGGACAUGCAGAUCACCCUCUUCCAUCCCGGCAUCAUCUUCACAGAUGUUGCUAUAUCGGCAGGCUUGGAUGGGUCUUCCUACCCAUGGGACGAUGAAAACCUCCCUGGGCAUUACGCAGUCUGGGCCGCAAGCCCCGAAGCCGAGUUUCUUCACGGUCGCUUUGCCUGGGCCGCCUGGGAUGUGGAGGAGCUCAAGGACCUCGUCAAGGACGGCGUGAAGAAGAACCCCAACCUUUUGCGGGCUGGCAUUGAGGGUCUUACCGCGACCGUAAACGGCUUUAACUGA